AUGGCUAAAGCUAUAAGAGAUACAAAUAGCUUGAGCUGUGCACAGUUUUUAAGAUUACGAGAGAAAGUUAAUUGGGAGGUCAAAGAUGAGCGAAUUGAACUUCUUCGUGAACUUGGCGAGUAUAUCAGGGAAUGGCAAAUUCAAUCUCUACCAGAUGUUGGAUACGUUUUUCGGCCCGAAGAAAUCGAUCUUCUUUUCUCGGAUUCCUUAAUUCGCCCCGAUGGAGUGGAAUUCAUCGAUUUUGUAGUUCGCAAGGGCUACACAGACGAGCCCAAACGGGAUGAAGACGGCAAGCCACUGCUGCGUCGCACCACACCACUGCAUCGUGUGCUCAGAUACAACAUCAGCGGAAGGGAGGAGAAAAUCCGUCAGCUUUUUAAAAUUUAUAAUAAAUUUGACAUGAACUACGCCGAUGAUUCCGGCCUGACGCAUUUUCAUGUAGCCUGUUUUUUGGGAUUUCAAGACAUCAUCACUGAAUUUCUAGAGGUCGGGCAAGAUCCCAAUUGCAUCUGGCAAGAAACAGGUGAAUCGGGGUUGCACUUGAUUCUGGAAGAAAGCGGUAGCCAAGACCUGGUUGAAUUACUGCUGAAACACGAUGCUAAUCCGAAUCAUGCCAAUUAUGUACAGGGUAUGACGCCUCUGCAUCUUAUUUGCUAUAAGUACAGCUACAACAUUGAUUUGUUCAAUAUGGUAUUCGAACUCAGCCACGACAAAUAUCAGCCAGUACAGGUCGACGCCCAAGACACGUUAGGUAAUACACCAUUGCACUGUGCUGCAUAUAGAUGCUGCAAAAACAUGAUAGAAUUACUGCUUAGAAAGGACGCGAAUCCGAAUCUUGCCAAUGUAGAGGGUAUGACGCCUCUGCAUCUUAUUCGCGUGAAAAACAACGGUGACGAAGACUCGGUGAAUAUGUUAUUCGAGCUCAGCAACGGAAAAUAUCAACCAGUACAGGUCGACGUCCAAGACAAGUUAGGUAAUACACCAUUACACUAUGCUGCAUAUGAAUUCUGCGAAAACUUGAUGGAAUUACUGCUUAGAAAAGACGCGAAUCCGAAUCUUGCAAAUGUAGAGGGUCUGACGCCUCUGCAUAUUGUUUGCAUAGGUAACAGCAACAAUAUUGAUUUAGUCAAUAUGUUAUUUGAGCUCAGCAACGAGAAAUAUCAACCAGUACAGGUCGACGUCCAAGACAAGUUAGGUAAUACACCAUUACACUAUGCUGCAUAUGAAUUCUGCGAAAACUUGAUGGAAUUACUGCUUAGAAAAGACGCGAAUCCGAAUCUUGCAAAUGUAGAGGGUCUGACGCCUCUGCAUAUUGUUUGCAUAGGUAACAGCAACAAUAUUGAUUUAGUCAAUAUGUUAUUUGAGCUCAGCAACGAGAAAUAUCAACCAGUACAGGUCGACGUCCAAGACAAGUUAGGUAAUACACCAUUACACUAUGCUGCAUAUGAAUUCUGCGAAAACUUGAUGGAAUUACUGCUUAGAAAAGACGCGAAUCCGAAUCUUGCAAAUGUAGAGGGUCUGACGCCUCUGCAUAUUGUUUGCAUAGGUAACAGCAACAAUAUUGAUUUAGUCAAUAUGUUAUUUGAGCUCAGCAACGAGAAAUAUCAACCAGUACAGGUCGACGUCCAAGACAAGUUAGGUAAUACACCAUUACACUAUGCUGCAUAUGAAUUCUGCGAAAACUUGAUGGAAUUACUGCUUAGAAAAGACGCGAAUCCGAAUCUUGCAAAUGUAGAGGGUCUGACGCCUCUGCAUAUUGUUUGCAUAGGUAACAGCAACAAUAUUGAUUUAGUCAAUAUGUUAUUUGAGCUCAGCAACGAGAAAUAUCAACCAGUACAGGUCGACGUCCAAGACAAGUUAGGUAAUACACCAUUACACUAUGCUGCAUAUGAAUUCUGCGAAAACUUGAUGGAAUUACUGCUUAGAAAAGACGCGAAUCCGAAUCUUGCAAAUGUAGAGGGUCUGACGCCUCUGCAUAUUGUUUGCAUAGGUAACAGCAACAAUAUUGAUUUAGUCAAUAUGUUAUUUGAGCUCAGCAACGAGAAAUAUCAACCAGUACAGGUCGACGUCCAAGACAAGUUAGGUAAUACACCAUUACACUAUGCUGCAUAUGAAUUCUGCGAAAACUUGAUGGAAUUACUGCUUAGAAAAGACGCGAAUCCGAAUCUUGCAAAUGUAGAGGGUCUGACGCCUCUGCAUAUUGUUUGCAUAGGUAACAGCAACAAUAUUGAUUUAGUCAAUAUGUUAUUUGAGCUCAGCAACGAGAAAUAUCAACCAGUACAGGUCGACGUCCAAGACAAGUUAGACGUUAGAAAUAAAAAUUUAACAGAAUACCAAACUCACGGUCUUUGA